CCGCCACGCAUUUACUUGCAUCUCACUCAUCGCUUACUCACUUUCUCUCACUGUCGUCGCUCUCGACGACGGUCCGCACUGCUUACACUUUCCUGCAGUUCCCCACCUUGGUGUUGAGUGCGGCAUCGGUCACAGCGACCGGCGCAAUCACCUCGGUCAUCAUAUCCGUCGGCUAUCAACAUCCGGCAACUCCCACGCUCAGCGACGCUCCGCUAGCCUCUCCCCCAUCCCCAUAUCCUUAGGGUGAGCAAUGGGGAACACGACCUCGACCUCGAAGCCACUGCGGCGCCUCUCGCGCGCCUCCGUCUCCUCGACCGGCGCCUCCUCCACCGGCGUAGUAGACGAGCAGCUCCCAGUCCGCCCACCUCAAGACGAGGAGCACGAUGACUUUGACGAGACGUUCGACGUGCCGACGUUCUCGACGCGCCGCCCGCUGAGGCGGCACUCGGCGCCGGACGACGACACCGACACGCUCUGCGACUCAGCCUCCAUCAUGACGGCCUUCACGGACGCAACGCUUACCGCGGACCCGCUGCAGGCUUAUGUGGCGGGCAGCUCUGUCGUUUCGGCAGCUGUCGACGCGGCGAUGGACGUGUUGAACGGGAACGCGAAGGGUUGGCGGCGGGACGUCGCGCUCGCGCAGCUCGAGUGGCUUGCAGCGGACGGGGCGCGGCGCGCCCGCUGGGUGCGGAGCGAGGCCGCCGCGCGCACCAAGCGCGCGAAGGGGCGGCGCGCGAGUCUGGGCGCGCCGAAGAGGGUCGAGCUGCGUCUCUCAACUGCCGGCGAGGAGCGCGUUGUUGCGGAGGACGCGGCGACCGCGCGCCGCGUGCAGAUGGAAGCGGCGGCAGGGGAUCAGCGCGCCGGCGCGGAAGAGGAUGCCAAGUUACAGCUUGAGCGGGCGCACGACGCGAUCCACGAGCACGGGCACGGGCAUGGGCAUGGGCACGGGCACCAUGAGGCUGGGGGCGAGCGUAGCGGCGCGGGGGCGGGAGGCGCCGGCGGCGCAGUGGAGGCGGCUCGAGAGGGCGCUGGGAAUGGGGACAGGGCGCAAGUGUACGCGACGAAGCGCGGCCAGCUGCGCGCCGCCGAGGAGCGAUACCAUGCCGCAUGCGCCGAGGCCGCGAAGGAACACUCGGCAAUGCUCGCGCACGCGGCGCUGGCGCACGAGCGCGCUUUCUCUUCCUGCAAGGUCACGUAUAUGGGCAAGCGGCUGCGCGAGCCGGACGCGCAAGGCGAUCUGACAUUCACGGCGGCGGCGGGCGCGGCCGUCGAGUCCAAGCAAAAGCGCAGCGCAUGGUCGGGCCAGUACCAGGUCGGCCAGUGGCGGCGGUAGUGAUGUCUUGUCGCCGAGCGGCAGAGACGGUUGUACACGUAUGCAGAGAACAUAUUUUCCCGACGCGCCAUUCCGGAUGGCAUGCUGGCCGGCAUGGCGCGGACGGGUUCACUGCGUCGAAGCGCCCCUUCGCGCCCCUCGGGAUAUCCGGAACAGGCCCCAGUCACGAUCCACCAGCCAUCCCGGUGCCGACCAAAGUCUUUCAGUACAUUGAAAAGACAG